AUGGGCUUUCUCUCCGGUCCCCUCCGACCCUCUCAGGAACCGGCCCCGCCCAUCGCCAUUCGCCCCGCCCUCCUGCUUCAAGGCCCGCCUACUCCGGGGCGGGUCGAGGGAGCCUACUGGAAGAAGCACUCGUCACGGAAAAGAAGGAGGAGCGUGAGCCCCAGAAGCGGAAUUGACCCGCAGAAACGAAACGCAGCCCCGCCUCCUGCGCAGCCUUUCCUUAUUGGCUGUCUGAGUUGGGCGGGACGUAAAAAUCUGGGCUUCCAUUGGCUGUUUGGCAUCGAAGCGUGA